AUUAAUUGGAUUAUGAAGUCUCUGCAAACAAAAUUGCCCUUCAAAAUACAUUAGUCCCCAGAAUGGAGGUUAUCAAGCUCAUUUCAAUUUAUGAUUGAUUUCUUAUUGCGACAGACUGUCUUUAUGCCCCACUGCAUAGUCAAAUAAGUUGUGAAAGGGUUUGCCAUACGUUCAGUGGAAGAGGAGGAGGUGCCUGGUUUGAUUCUGGGCUGCAUGUCUUCCACUUAACUAAUAAAAGCAUCUAGGUCCAGAAAUUUUUUUAAAAAACAAUUUCGGAAAGUUCUUAUUUUUUGUAUGGCAAAUUUGAUACAUUAAUUACUUUAUCAAGUCAAUUAUUUAUUAUCUAACCAAUAUUGGCAGCAUGGGUCCUCCAUAGAAUCCGUCCUGCACAGCUUUAAUUAUAAACUUGACUUUUUAUUCACUCACUCUCCCUGCUGACAGACACCAGACAGAAAUACAAGUAGUUAUUCUAAAAUUCAGUGCAGACAGAAGGAAGCUCACCCACUGCCGAUAAGGUCUGAGCUGCGUCUUAAGGAACCACCACAGAACCAUUAGAACCCUGUUACAGACUGGGUUCAAGUCCAGAACCAUCCAGCUGGAUCAGAAUAGCUGGAGCAUAAAGAGUUUAUCCCAGUCCAGACCUGAUAUGCCCCUUAUUCCUCCUUAAAACGCACAGACAGAUGUAUGAGUUCUGCCCUGGCGAAGAAACGAAACCAAAAAUGAUGCCAAACUCAGCCUUUGCGUGGUUUCGUUUUCAAGAAACGAAGAGCCUGACUGCAGCGAAGAGCGGUCUGCGACAGCAGCUGGUGCUGAUGGAGUCAGAUCAUGGAUGAGGAGCUCGACCCUGACGAUGAAAAUCCAAACUCCGUCUUGGCUCAGGAAUACUCAGAGCUGGUCGCCAUCCUUCGCUGUCAGUUGGACUCGGUCAUAAUGCAGCUUAUCCAAGCGGUGCCGGAUGGUGCCAUGUGGCUGAGCAGACAAACAACCAGCGGCUCUGCUGCACCGUCAGACCACAUCGAAGCCAUGCUGCAGUACUUCAGACACGCCAACACUGCAGAAUGCAGCAACUUCCUUCAGAGGGUUUGUCUUCUGUGUGAGGACAUCCCCAUGCAUCUGGAGUCGAAGCUCAUGUCGGUGGCUGGAUAUGAAUGCAAUGAUGCUUUGAAUAAUCUUUCAACCGGAACAUCAUGUUUGGAAAAUGAAGAUGCAGCCUCCAGUGUGACGGGUCAGCAGCCGUUAACGCCGCCUGCAGAGGAGCAGCUCACGAAACGCCCACGGAUUGAUUACUGGGAGCAGUACAAGGCUGAAGCAGCAGGUUCCCUGCAGCAGAGGUGGAGGCGGCUGUCGGAGGGCCUGCUGAAGGAUGUGCAGCCGGACAAAAUCUGGGUCAGCAUCAGAACUGCAAACAGAGCCAGGGACAGACCGGAUCAGACUCCCAGCUCUGCAGAGAGAGGCGGCAGAACACCAGAGCCUGAAGGUGAUGACGGGUGGCCAGAGUCCAGACUGACUCUGGAGAGUUUUCUUCAGGGAUGCACAGGAAAAGUGACGGUUUUGGCCGGCCAACCUGGCUCAGGAAAAACUCUGCUGAUGUCUUUUAUCGGGCAACAGUGGACGAAAGGAUUAGGCCCCAUCCCUUCAUCCCAUCUGUUUGUAUUGCUGGAGCUUCGUCAGCUCAACCUCCUGUCGGACCCUCUCUCCCUCUCUGAGCUGCUGUUUCACCACUACCUCCCAACUAAUGGAGACAAUGAAGCAAAGCAGGCCGUUGUGGACUACCUCCUUUCCAAUCCAGAGCAGAGCUGCUGGGUGCUGGACGGUUACGAUGAGUUCCAGAAAAAACUAAAGAGACACAGGGUUCAGAAUGAGCGUCUGGACUCAGAGAAACCUCGGCCUGUGGCAGAGCUCAUCUCAGGGCUACUGAGCCGGCGGCUUCUCGCAGGGAGCACCGUGUUGGUCACCAGUCGAGUACGCGACGUCGUAGAUCUGGACGGUUUGUCCGACAAAGUGGGGCAGCUGCUGCCGUGGGACCACCGUGAAAUCAAAGAGUGUGUCAACAACUUCUUUAGUGGAAAAGAUGGAAAUCUUGCAGCCAAUGCAGCAGAAAUCCUCUUCUCCAGCCGACACCUCCUGGCCAUGUCUUCCCUCCCGGCCCUCUGCAACAUCUGCUGCGUCUUUCUGCAGCAUUCACUGCACCGACAUGCAGAAAAGACAAAGGUGCCUGGAGAAAAAGCAGUUGGAGUAAAGAAAAAACCUCUAGAAAUAGAGAGAAAAGACGCACAAACUCCUGAUGGAAUGGGUGGCAAUGAGAGUCGCUCCCAAAAAGCACAACAUGGUGAAAACAGUGAGGAGACAUUAAUGGAUGGAGCAAAAAGCAGAUCCAUGUUUUCUUUCACAUCAGCACAAAUCCCUUCAACCCAGACUCAGAUCUACCUCGCUGCUGUUGUUGCAUUUCUUAACCGGCACACUGAUCGGACCGGAGGAAAUAACGCAGCAGAGAUCUCAGGAUUUUCUCAAAGUACCAAGUUUGCAUGGAAAACUGUGAGUCUUCCUGCUGCUGAGCUGUGUGAGCUCAGUCGGGUGGCGUGGAGAGGUUUGGAGGAGAGCAGGAUUAUCUUUUUGGAUGAAGACGUUCCUCUGCAAACUUUACAGUCUUCAGUCAAGUCAGGACUCUUCUCACAGAUGGAGGUCAGAGGUCGUGGUGGCGGUGUCGUCAACGCUUACUGCUUCCUGCAUCUCACAGUGCAGGAGUUUCUGGCUGCACUCAGGAUCAUGACAAGCAGUGAUGUCAGUGAUGCAGACCUGAAGAAGAAAUUCAGUCUGAAAACUCGCUGGACGACUAAAUCGGACCAGAAGACAGUAUUCACUGAUUCCCUCUACCUGUACGUCUGUGGUCUGGCUUCGUCGGACUGCACUCCAGCUCUGGAGGUCGUUGCCAAGGCAACAGGGUUAAAAGCAGCCCAAAACUGGGUCCAGAAACGCCAGGCCCUUGUCCUAAAGUUACUGGAAGCUCUGUGCCGCAGUGCCUCUCUGACUGGACCGAAGAUUUUGCAGCUUUGCCAUUGUGUUCAGGAGAGCCAGAACCAGCAGCUGGCUCAGCAGGUGGUGAGGGUGCGACCCACGCUGGAGCUCAGAAACUUCUGGCUGUUAACCAGUGACAUCGAGGCGCUGGCGUUUGUGGUCAACUCGGUCGGUACCAAAGAUGUCGGUUUGGACUUCGGCGCCUGUUCGAUGGAGCUGGAGUGUCUGGACAUCCUGUCCAGGUGUCAGUAUAUUCAUUACCUCAGUUUUCGGAGCCGCAAGUAUGGUGAUAAGUUUGCAGAGAAGCUUUCCUCCGUUCUACCUCGAUUCAUAGCGCUGAGGAAACUAGAGUUUUGUGGUGCCAGUCUGAGUUCUGCAGGAGCUGCGAGUUUGGCCUCCGGUCUGCAGAACUGUCCCAGCGUCACUGAGCUCAAUUUUAGUGACAACAAUUUGCAAGACGAAGGAAUCCGACACAUUGCGGACGUUCUUGCCAAACUACAAAACUUGGCAUCUGUAAAGCUGGGAAGAAACAACACUUCUCUGGAAGCAGCAGAGUGUCUUGUUAAACACGUCUCUUCUUGCUCGAACAUCCAGCAGGUUCAUGCAGACGGGAUCAAAGAGUUGACUCUGACUUUUUCUCAAAAAUCUGAAUCAAACAGCCAUAAAAUUAAGCCAGAAGCAACAGUGAGAUUGUUGAACCAGAAGUGGACUAAGUCUGGCAUGCAGAACCUCGCCAGGUCGCUGGCUCGCUGUCCCUCCCUGUCUGAGCUGGAUCUGUCUGGAGGCGAGUGGGAUGAGGAGACUUUAAAAAUGCUAACUCAGUUUGUGCCAAACUUCAGCAUCACUGACAGGAUCAUAUUGAAUGACAGCUGCUCGUCAGUUCAGAGUGCGGUGAUUCUCACCGCUUUGCUUUCUGACUGUCUGUCUGUCAUGGAGAUGAACAUCAGGCUGCAGGAUCCAGUCCAGGUGUCUGUUGUGUUUUCUGGAGGGAGAGAAAAAACUGCAAAUGUUUCCUCUAAAACACUCUGCCUCAGCUGCUGUAAUCUUCAGCCCAUCGACCUGGAAAGAGUUUGGAGAAGUUUGGGAGCGUCGUCUGAUCUCUCUGAUUUGGACUUGUCCUGCAACAAGUUAGGCGACAAAGGACUGAAGAAGUUGUUGGACUUCUUGCCUCGUCUAAGCAAAAUCCAACGAGUAGAUUUCAGUGGGAAUGACGUCUCGGUGGACGGAGUGGUCAUGCUGGCGGAUGCAUUAUGCUCCAGCAACAGGUUAACGCACGUUUACAUCAGUGAUGGAGGAAAAGACCAGGUGAUGCUGCAGUUCAGCUCUGACACAAGUAACAGCAAACUAAGGACAAAGUUAUUCAGAAUUAACAGAAGAUCCCUGACAGUGUCAGAUGUAAACAAAGUGUGCAGGAAACUGGUCCAGUGUCGCACCAGUUUGGAGCUAGAGUUUACUCAAUGCUCAUUCGCUGAGAAAUCUAUCGAAAAUCUGCUGAGAGUGUUGCCAAAGAUGUCAACGCUGCAGAGACUAAAUGUUAGUAACAGCAUCCAGUCCACUUGUGAUGCGUUAACGCUGAUCAGCUGUUUCCCUGAAAACCAUCGAGUCUCAUCCGUGGAGCUCAGUCCACAGGGCGAAUCCUUCAUUCAUUUUGCUGGAGUUAAAGCAGAACAAGUCAACUGCAGGUGUGUGAACCGCAGCCGUAAACUUCUCUAAACGCUUUUAUUUCGGUUUUCUGAUUAACUCGUUAUAACUGUAGAUUCAUCUUCGUCUGGUUUCACUUUUCAUUCCCCUGCUGCUGUAUGUGUGUGUGUGUGUGUGUAUGCGUUUGUGUGUGUGUGCGUUUGCGCGUGUGUGUGUGUGUAUGCAUUUGUGUGUGUGUGCGUUUGCGUGUGUGUGAAACUGUCCUGCACUCACUUGGUUUAAACAGGAAGUAGUAUCCAGUUUAUUUUGAAAGUCCUGCACUCAUUGCUGCACCUCCCUUCAGUUAAACAUGUCCAUGUUUGGUAUCCAUGUUCACAUCAGACUCCAGGAGCUGAUAAAAUGUGAGUGUGAGUUGAGCAGGAAGGAUUUGAGUUUUUCCUCUAGGCUGCAUCACAGAUGUCAGUGACCAGGCAGGAAACAAAAAGACAUUGUAUGGAACUCUGAUAGUGCCAAAAAAGCAUAUAUUUUUGGUGAUUCUAUUUUAUCUUUCAUACCUGUCAAGUCUACUGUUUCUUACUCCCCUUUCCUGCUGUGCUCCCAUUUUCCUACAAAUAUCUCAUAUUACUCCCAGUAUCGUUUUUUUAUUAGGUAGAAAAAAUAAAUAAAUGUUUGUAUUUUAAAACAGAAAAACAAAAAGAAGCAAUUUUAGACAUGUAAAAGUAAGUUUAGUUAGUAAAAACACAGCAAAUC